AUGGAGGUUCAACCAGGUUUGGAGGUCACUAUUCCAGGACUAGUUUACAAGUUAAACAAGUCUUCAUAUGGUCUAAAAUAUGCAAGCAGGCAGUGCACUAAUGCAAUUUAUGUGGCAGUCUAUGUAGAUGACAUAGUUGUCACAUGCACUGAUACAGUGGAAUUGAAUCAACUGAAGGCUUUUCUUCAUACCAACUUGAAAAUUAAGGAUCUUGGUAAGCUGCACUACUUCCUAGGAAUGGAAGUGAUAUACAAAGGAGAUGGUGUGGUGAUAUCACAAAGAAAAUUUGCAUUAGACCUAUUGAAAGAAUAUGAUUGUUUAUCCGAAAAUGGUUUUUCUUCUCCAUUUGAUCCUACUGUCAAGUUAAAAGCAAAUGAGGGUGCCACAUUACAAGAUCCCACUUAUUACAGAAAGUUGAUUGGCAAACUCAAUUUCUUAAUCAACACCAGACUAGACAUUGCCUAUGGGGUCCAACACUUAAGUCAAUUCAUGCAGGACCCUAGAGAGCCUCACCUUAAGGCAGCCUUUCACCUGCUCAGAUAUCUGAGAAAUGAUCCAACUUUGGGGAUAUUCUUUUCCAAAGAUGAGGAUUACACUAUGUGA